GACCAUAAAAAAAGACUGGAGAUGAAAUAAAUGGCAAGUUGGAUUAAAUAGAAACAUGAAAUAAAAUAUUAGUUUAGGCAGCGAUAAUCUUAAUCUUGUCUGAGCCUCUCUUCUCUCCUUGUGUCUAUGUUGUGUCUGUCUCUGUCAUUCGUUCACCCUUUCAUAUUCAUAAUCAUAAUAAUGCAUACAUAACAUAACACAACAAACAAACCAACUCAUUCUCCAUCUUCAAUUCUCAAUUCUCAAAUCAUUCAAACCUUCAUUCUCUCUGCAAAUUCAAUUCAAAUACAACCCCACCAUUCAUUCCUUCCUCAAGCCUCCCAAAAAACAGCUUGAAACACACCACACACAAAAAAGAACCCCAUAAAACUUCACAGACACAAAGGUACACACGAAGAAGAAAAACUCGACGAGGAAUAAAAAAGUUCAGUUUUUUCUUUAGUGUGAUCAUCGUUUCGUCGAUGGCCACGGGACCCGAAAGAUCGAAGCCACUGCACAACUUCUCGUUGCCCUGUUUGAAAUGGGGCACCCAACGGUUACUUCGCUGCGUCAACGCCGACCUCGAUCGCCGAUCCUCGAGAUUCGACGCGUCCCAGAACGGCGUCGUUCGAGUCCCCAACAAGCGCAAAAUGAACGACGGCGACGCCGUUUUCUUGGGAGGACUCGGAGAAGAAGCUAGUGGCGUGGCCAACCAUGCCAUGAUGCCUUGGAAUUUGAGAACGAGAAGAGCUGCGUGCAAGGCACCGCAGAACGAAGAGGAGCGCAGGUUUUUCGACAUGGGGUGUUCUUUGCCGCCGGUGAAGGAAAAGAAGAAGAUGCUGGUGACGGGGAAUAAGAGAGUUAAGUUUUCUGUUUCCCUCUCUAAGGAGGAGGUGGAGCAGGAUUUCUGGGCCUUGGUUGGAACUAGGCCCCCCAGAAGGCCCAAGAAGAGGCCCAGGAUUGUGCAGAGGCAAUUGAAUACACUUUUUCCUGGUUUUUGGCUGGCUGAGGUCAGUGCAGAGUCAUACAAAGUGGCUGAUGUUCCUGAAUGAGGUAAAAUUUUGUGAUAGUUCAAUUUGGUUUUCAACUGGAAUUCAUAUGCUGUUAAUGGUUGUGUUGUGCAGGAACUUAAAUGAAUGGCUAAACAUGGUUCUGAUUCUGAAUGGAUGACCCGAAUAUUUUAGCUCACUGACUUCCCAUGUGUUGUGACAUAAAUAAUGGUAAAUUCCAAAUCAUCUAUGUAAAUGAAAUGUUUAACUCAAUAAUCAUGAAAAUUUGGAAUUUUGCAAUCAGUUGUACUUGUCUGAAUGUUGUAGCUUGCAGAUUGUACCAUCAACUUUGUUUUCACUUAUUUGAACAUAAUCUAUUCACCAUUUUAUUGUUAGAAUUAUGUUAUCCUGGACAAAACAGUUUUUAACAUCUCAGUUGUUUACAUCAUCCAUCA